UCUGAGGAAGGUGACGACGUGGCGGGAGGAGGCCCAUUCGUGCCUAAACUGAGGCUCAGCCACACCUUCGCUGGAUUGGUGGUAGGCAGGGCGGACCUAGUGGCCGGCCGGAAGCGGAAGUGGAAGAGAGAUGCAGGACCAUCAACACGUGCCCAUCGACAUCCAGACCAGCAAGCUGCUCGACUGGCUCGUGGACAGAAGGCACUGCAACCUGAAAUGGCAGAGUCUGGUGUUGACCAUCCGAGAGAAGAUCAAUGCUGCCAUCCAGGACAUGCCAGAGAGCAAGGAGAUCGCCCAGCUGCUCUCUGGAUCCUACAUUCACUACUUUCAUUGCCUAAGAAUCGUGGACCUCCUAAAAGGCACUGAAGCCUCCACAAAAAAUAUUUUUGGCCGGUACUCUUCACAGCGAAUGAAGGAUUGGCAGGAGAUUGUAGCCCUGUAUGAGAAGGACAACACUUACCUAGUGGAACUCUCUAGCCUCCUGGUUCGGAAUGUCAGCUAUGAGAUCCCCUCACUGAAGAAGCAGAUCGCCAAGUGCCAGCAGCUGCGGCAAGAAUACAGCCGCAAGGAGGAGGAGGGCCAGGCCGGGGCUGGCGAGAUGCGGGAGCAGUUCUACCACUCCUGCAAGCAGUAUGGCAUCACGGGAAACAGUGUCCGAAGAGAGCUGCUGGCCCUGGUGAAGGACCUGCCGAGUCAACUGGCUGAGAUCGGGGCAGGGGCUCAGUCCCUGGGGGACGCCAUUGACCUGUACCAGGCCUGUGUGGGGUUUGUGUGUGAAAGCCCCACAGAGCAGGUGCUGCCAAUGCUGCGACAUGUGCAGAAACGGGGGAACUCCACGGUGUAUGAAUGGAGGACAGGGACGGAGCCCUCCGUGGUGGAGCGGCCGGGCCUCGAGGAGCCUCCUGAGCAAGUGGAAGAUGCGAUUGACUGGGGUGACUUUGGAGUAGAGCUAGCCUCUGAAGGCACUGGCUCUGGCAUUUCUGCCCAGGCUGCUGGAAUUGACUGGGGCAUCUCCCUGGAAUCAGACUCAAAGGAAGCUGGGGGUGAUGGAAUAGAUUGGGGAGACACUGCUGCUUUUCAGAUCACUGUGCUGGAAGCGGGAACUCAGGCUCCAGAAGGUGUUGCUAGGGGCUCAGACGCCCUGACACUUCUUGAAUACCCUGAGACCCGGAAUCAGUUUAUUGAUGAGCUCAUGGAGCUCGAGAUCUUCUUGUCUCAGAGAGCAGUGGAGAUGAGCGAGGAGGCAGACAUCCUGUCUAUAAGCCAGUUCCAGCUGGCUCCAGCCGUCCUGCAGGGCCAGACCAAGGCAAAGAUGGUUACCAUGGUGUCAGUGCUGCAGGAUCUGAUUGGCCAGCUCACCAGUAUUCGAAUGCAACACCUUUUUAUGAUCCUAGCCUCACCAAGAGAAUGGGGAUGCUCGGGUCGCACAGUGACACCAAACGCUUACCCAAGUACCCUGCCCAGGUAUGUGGACCGAGUGACUGAGUUCCUUCAGCAGAAGCUGAAGCAGUCACAGCUGCUGGCUUUGAAGAAAGAGCUGAUGGUGCAGAAGCAGCAGGAAGCACUUCAGGAGCAAGCGGCUUUGGAGCCCAAGCUGGACCUGCUGCUAGAGAUGACCAAGGAGCUACAGAAGCUGAUUGAGGCUGACAUUUCCAAGAGAUACAAUGGGCGCCCCGUGAACCUGAUGGGAACCUGUCUGUGACGCCCUCCACAUUCUUCCUGCCCAUCUUCUCAUCCUUCAGGACAAAGUGAGACAGCCAGGGCUGGUGUUGCAGGGCCCUUUCUGGCAAGAGACCAGGCCGACCGGAGGAUGGGAAGCCACAUGAAGGACCCAUCACCCACACGGUGACCCUGACACUCACUACUCUGUGCAAGGAGCUGUCUUGAUUGGCCCUGUGGCCCAUCAGCCUGAAGCCACAGCUUCUGCUCCUUCACGUUAUCUAGUUGGACUUAAUAAAAGAGGAAGAGACUCUUGCCUCACUA